UCUCCUUCUCCCUUUCACUUCUUGCCUGUGCAUAGUUCCUUUCAUCUCUUCUCUUCUUUUCGUUGCUGUGUUUUCGUCUCUUGUUUUCUCUUCUUCCGCAUUUGCCAUCCUUGGCGUCUGCGACUCACUCUCCUUGCCCGUAUCUGGACGGUUGUCGAUAAGCAAAUUGACAGUGGGAGAACGGUUUGACAAAGACAAAGCUCUGAAGUACACGCUCAGAGUCUCUUGCCGGUCGAAAUUCACUAAAUUCACCAUCAUGGCUCGCACGCGCAAAUCCAGCAACCUUGGGUCGGACAUUCGAGGCGACACGAGCGCUCCCGCAAUGUCCACUAUGAAUGAGGUCAGUCCAAUUGACCCAAAGCAUCCAAGCUGGGAAAAUGUCGCACCACUCGCCGAGAAGUCCUCAAAGUCGCAUUCGAAGCGUCGCCGAAGCCGAUCCUUCCUCCGUCGGUUCAAAGACACAUGUCUGAAGCAUACUUGGGUGCUGCCCCUCCUCAUAUUGAUCGUUCUCCUCGCCGGAUAUGCCGUCAAUCCCACUCCGUCCAACCCGCUCCACUACGCGAUCUUCCUGUCUUAUCCCGAGCCUCCGAAAACUCCAGGCGGCCCGGUUAUGUACGGAAAAGGCCCGAAAGAUAUCGCAUUCGUCUCCUUCUACAUGGUCGUCCUUUCUUUCACUCGUGAAUUUCUAAUGCAGCGUAUGAUUCGUCCCUUCGCCGUAUACUGUGGGAUUCGUGGGAAGGGUAAAACCGCUAGGUUCAUGGAGCAGGUGUAUACGGCUAUCUACUUUGCCAUCUUUGGACCCUAUGGUCUUUACGUGAUGAGCCGCACCAACAUCUGGUAUUUUAACACGACUGCAAUGUUUGAAGGAUUUCCCCACAGAGAGCACGAAGGGCUUUUCAAGGCUUAUUAUCUGCUCCAAGCGAGCUACUGGGCCCAGCAGGCUAUUGUUCUCCUUCUGCAGCUGGAGAAGCCACGAAAGGACUUCAGGGAGCUUGUGGGCCACCACAUCAUCACCCUGGCUCUCAUUGCAUUGAGCUACAGGUUCCACUUCACUUACCUCGGUCUCGCUGUGUAUAUCACUCACGACGUCUCUGACUUUUUCCUGGCGACUUCCAAAACCCUCAACUAUCUCGACGCCUACAUUACUGCUCCGUACUUCGGAGUAUUCGUUUGCGUCUGGAUCUACCUCCGCCACUUCUUGAACCUGAAGUUCCUCUGGGCUGUCCUCACCGAAUUCCGUACCGUUGGACCUUUUGAGCUGAACUGGGAGACACAGCAGUACAAGUGCUGGAUCAGCCAGUACAUCACCUUUGCUUUGCUCGCUAGUCUCCAGGCCGUCAAUGCCUUUUGGCUUUUCUUGAUUCUGCGCAUCCUCAAGAACUACCUAUUCAGCAACAUCAAGAAGGAUGAGCGGAGCGACGAGGAGGAUGAGGAAGAAGAAGAAAUCGAGCAGUCUACCAACAGUACCGCAGCUCUGGCUACUGGUACCGAGCCGGCGUCUCUGACUGCGCGCUCCGUGAAUGUCGAGAAACGCACGCCCCAUGUUUUGGUCAAUGGGCAGCCUGUUAAGCGGUAAUGCCUGGGGCCGUCUGUAGCAUUCUUAAGGGGUUCAAAGGCAUCUAUUGCACAGUUGGCAAGGGAUUAUUGCUCUAUACCGCAUAACAACUACUCGGAGCUCUAUUAUCCCACUUGGUGUCUACUGCAUGUGCGGAACUCGAGUAGAGGGUUUGUCCGCAUUUUUCUCUUCUUCCCUUGUACCACCUUAGUUUUGUCUUGUGUCUGUCACGACGCAAUCAAAUGAAUAUAGCGAUGAUUCAUGAAGAAGCACUUAUGGUGGAAUUAGGUAGUUACCAGUCACUGUUUUCUAAUACUAAUGUUAAUGUGAAGCCUGCGUCGACUGCCUACUAUAGUCGAGGC